AUGGGCGAUCCCCCGUGUAAGAGUGAGGAGGAGGAGGACAUUCCAGUCCAUGUGACCACAGAUCAUAAAAAAGAAGAUGAAGAUACCAUGCAGUGCUCUUCAGGAGGAAACUACAUGACCUGUAAUGUACAUCCGGUACCUCACAGUACAGAUCUAUCUUAUAAUCCUCCUAACCAUGAGGAACCUUCUCCUGACCAAUCACAGAUUGUUACCACAAGUAAUGGGCAGAAAGGAGGUAAAAGAUUUCAGUGUGGGGAAUGUGGAAAACUGUUUACAAAAAGCUUAGGUCUUUUUAGACACAGAAGAAUUCACACGGGAGAGAAGCCAUAUUCAUGUUCUAUAUGUGGGAAAUGUUUCACACAGAAAUCAGAUGUUGUUAAACAUGAGAGAAUUCACACAGGAGAGAAACCGUAUUCCUGUUCAGAAUGUGGGAAAUGUUUUACUCAGAAAUCAAGCCUGGAUCAACAUAAGAGGAGUCACACAGGAGAGAAGCCGUAUGCAUGUUCAGAAUGCGGGAAAUGUUUUACAGAUAAAUCAAAUCUUGCUAUGCAUGAGAGAAGUCACACAAGGGAGAAUCCGGAGUACAUGACUGAAAGGACCUUUUUCAUGACAACGAACAAACUGGUACAUGCCAGUGAAGAGGACCUCCGAAUAAAGACCCCCACUUUAAACUAA